UAGCAGUGACAUGGCUGCUGAUGACAAGUCSUCCUCCUCAUCUUCAGUGGAGUGGAACACAGACCCACCUACCAUCUCACCCUCCAGCCCCUCACAUCUGACCCACUUCAAACCCCUGACUCCGGAGGAAGAAGUGCCACCACUGCGCUCUGCUUACAGCUCGUUUGUUAGCCUGUUUCGCUUCAGCAGCAAAGAGGAUGGCCGUCCUGUAUCCACUGUUCCAGAGAAGAAGGAUGUUCCACACCCUAACCGAAAGUCCUCCAGUCCUUCCCACUCUGUUCACAGCCUGAGGACACACCAGAAGCAGCACUCUGACCAACACAAACGCACCGCUUCUGUUUCUGAUUGUACCACAAAAUCAGAGGCAUCUCUGAGCAAUCAUGACCCUCGGACCGCUGUGCAGCUUCGCACUGCACUGAAGAGGCUGAAGGAAAUCAUGGAGGGAAAGAGCCAGGACAGCGAUCUGAAGCAGUACUGGAUGCCAGACAGCCAAUGUAAGGAGUGUUAUGACUGCAAUGAGAAGUUCACCACCUUUCGCCGCAGACACCACUGCAGGCUGUGUGGCCAGAUCUUCUGCAGCCGCUGUUGCAACCAGGAAAUCCCUGGAAAGUUUAUGGGCUACACAGGAGAUCUACGGGCCUGCACUUACUGUCGUAAACUGGCAAUGAACUACACUCACUCUGCAGACUCGGGCUCCAUCGGGGAAGACUUGAGCUCCUUAUCGGAUUCACCUUGCUCUGUGUGUGUGUUGGAACCCAGCGAACCUCGGACACCCGUGGGAGGCCGAAAGGCCAGCAGAAACAUCUUCCUGGAAGAAGGCCUGACCUGGCAGAGAAAAGCUAUCAUUGGGAUGAGGAAGAACAUGAUUCAUCAGGAGCCUCAGAACAGUGGCCUGGCCUCCAGACUCACCACAUUGCAAGAAGACGUGGGCAAGUCACCUGCAAGGAAGAGGUCUGCCAGUGUGACCACUCUGUCACUCGAUCGCUCUGGAACCACCCUGGUUUCACCCUAUGAAAAUUCAGUCAGCCCACCUACCUGCCGAGCCAUGUCAGGGACCAAGAGCAGUACCAAGCUGGACCACAGUGAGGAGGAGAGGAAGAUCCUGCUGGAUUCGUCCCACUUGAAGGACUUGUGGAAGAAAAUGUGCCAUAACAACACAGGGAUGGAGUUUCAGGACCACAGAUACUGGCUGAGGACCUACCCAAACUGCAUUGUGGGAAAGGAGCUUGUUAACUGGCUGCUGAGGAAUGGUACCGUCUCCUCCAGGGCACAGGCUAUAGCAAUUGGCCAGGCGUUAGUGGACGGUCGCUGGCUUGACUGUCUCACUCACCAUGACCAGCUGUUCAGGGAUGAGUACGCUCUUUAUCGCCCUCUUCAGAGCACAGAAUUUUCAGAAACACCGUCUCCAGACAGUGACAGCAUCAACUCCAUUGAGGGACACUCUGAGCCGUCUUGGUUCAAGGACAUCAAGUUUGAUGACAGUGAUACAGAGCAGCUUGCAGAAGAGUCUGACUACACUAUGCCUAACACUGCUAGCCCCAGUAAGAAGACAUCAGUCAGCAGCUUCCAAUCUGUGAUGGACAGUGACUCUGCUGCCUCCAUCAACCUCAACAUGGAGCAGGACAAUGUGAACUUUCACAUCAGGAAGCAGUCCAAGUACCCACAUGUGCCAUCCUCGGAGCACAAAGAAUUUCUCAUGUCAGAGGACGGAGGACAGAACAUUGUCAUCAGUGAUGCAUUCAUCAAAGAGUCUUUGUUUAACCGCCGUGUGGAAGAGAAGGCGAAGGAAAUGCUGUUCACGCCACUGGGAUGGCACCACAGCUCGCUGGAGCAGCUCAGAGAGGAGAAUGGGGAGAAGAAAGCAAUGGAGAGGCUGCUCUCGGCCAACCACAGCCACAUGAUGGCWCUGCUGCAGCAGCUGCUCUACAGCGAGUCUCUGUCUUUGUCCUGGAGGGACAUAAUCGUCCCUAUGGUCCGGCAGGUAGUCCAGACAGUUCGACCUGAUGUCCGCAACUGUGACGACGACAUGGACAUCCGUCAGCUGGUGCACAUCAAAAAGAUUCCUGGGGGCAGAAAGUUUGAUUCAAUGAUGGUCAACGGUUUUGUUUGCACAAAGAACAUUGCUCACAAGAAGAUGAACCCGUACAUCAAGAACCCCAGAAUCCUGUUGCUGAAGUGUUCCAUUGAGUACCUGUACAGGGAGGAGACCAAAUUCACCUGCAUCGAGCCCAUUGUGCUGCAGGAGCGUGAGUUUCUGAAAAACUAUGUGCAGCGCAUCGUAGAUGUGCGACCAAACCUGGUGUUGGUAGAGAAGACGGUGUCGCGAAUCGCUCAGGACAUGCUGCUGGAGCACGGCAUCACGCUGGUCAUCAACGUUAAACCGCAAGUUUUAGACAGAGUGAGUCAUAUGACACAGGGUGACCUGGUUAUGUCCAUGGACCAACUUCUCACUAAACCUCGCCUAGGAACCUGCCACAAGUUCUAUUUGCAGCCCUUCACCCUGGCAAACGAUGAGGCGAAGACUCUCAUGUUCUUUGAUGGCUGUCCUCCCCAUCUGGGAUGUUCCAUCAAGCUGCGUGGUCCGUCAGAGUCUGAGCUGGCCCGGGUGAAGGAAAUUAUAAUGCUGAUGGUGUGUGUGGCUUACCACUCCCAGCUGGAGAUCUCCUUUCUCAUGGAUGAGUUCGCCAUGCCACCCAGUUUACCACAGAGCAGCUCCUUCCACAGCCUGCUGGACAUGUCCCCUGCAGACGAGGAGACAGAUCAAGACAGCCUGGAGAAGACCGCUGGGAGUGAGGAAAAAACCCACUCUGUAGAGUCUGCAUCCAAAAAUGGAGAUGUGGAUGUUCAAGAUAUGUCAAAUCAGCAGUCUCCCCCCAUCUUUUUUCAAGAAGAUGCUUCUAACACAGAAACCAGGACGUCUUCCCCGUAUUCCAGCCUUGGUGCAGCUCCACUGGCUGCCUCUCUUCCAUUCCUCAUGGAGGACAACCAAGAGUUAGGUUCAGACACUCUUGUUGGGAUUUCUGAAGGAGAUACGAUGGGAGAGAGUUCUCUGGAUUUGGAAAACGAGGACUGUUCAGAAACACCCACCCCCAAGUUAUUUCGAGACCCCCUGCAGGACGACACAGGGAUGUUUGUGGCCGAGCAAGUGGACUCAUCCGARGACCGACUGAAGUCCAUUUCUGCUGUGUUCAAACAUGAGCUGAAGGACGUCAUCCUGUGCAUUUCUCCUUUCAUCACAUUCAGGGAGCCAUUCCUGCUGACGCCUGAAGGCAUUCACUGCCCUAGCAGGGAUUACUUCCCUGAACAGGUUUACUUUUUUCCUCUGCUCAGCAAAGACUUCAGAGAGCUGGAGGGGCGCAGGAAACGACAGCUUCUCAAAGACUCCGCUCCGUCUUCUUUGACUGGUGGACAGACCAAUGGUGUGCCCCCUCUCGGGCCCAUCAACGUCCUGCCCUGCCACAGUCUCACCAGGACCCUCAUUGUGGAGCAGCUGGGCAGCAGCCACGACCUGGCCCGAAUGCUGGCAGAUUAUAGAGCCAAUGGAGGCCGGAUUCGACCGAGAGGGACCAGCGACCCCUUUGGCUCUGGUGGCUGUGGGCAGAACCGUGGAGCGGACACUUCACUUAAACCACGGAUGAAGGCUGACAGUGAAGAGGAAAAGACAAGCAAACAGAAAGACCUGGGCUGGACCCCAAAGCUGGACAGUUUGAACCCUAACAACCACCAGAGGCUGUGUGUGCUCUUCAGCAGCUCGUCACUGCAGUCCAACAAUGCACCCAACCCUUGUGUCAGCCCGUGGAUCGUCACAAUGGAGUUUUAUGGUAAAAACGACCUGUCUCUGGGCGUGUUUCUGGAGCGCUAUUGUUUCAGGCCCUCGUACCAGUGCCCCAGCAUGUUCUGUGACACUCCUAUGGUGCACCACGUCCGUCGCUUCGUACACGACAGUGGCUGUGUGCAGAUAGUYUUAAAGGAGCUGGACUCCCCCGUGCCUGGUUAUCAGCACACCAUUCUCAACUACUCGUGGUGUCGUGUCUGCAAACAGGUGACUCCAGUUGUGCCUCUGUCUAAUGAUUCAUGGUCCAUGUCAUUUGCCAAAUAUCUGGAGCUUCGUUUCUACGGCCACCAGUACACCAGACGGGCCAACGCAGAGCCCUGUGGACACUCUAUUCAUAAAGACUARCAUCAGUAUUUCUCCUACAACCAGAUGGUGGCUUCCUUCAGCUACACAUCUGUAAGGCUGUUAGAGAUUUGUCUUCCUCGUCCCAAGAUCUUCAUCAGGAACCUGGGGCCUUCCAAAGCCAACCUGCAGCUGGACCUGAAGGACUUCUCUCAGAAAGUGGUUCAGGUGUACCUGGCCAUCGAUGACCGUCUAACCUCCCUGAAGACUGAUACCUUCAGUAAGACCAGAGAGGAGAAGAUGGAGGACUUGUUUGCCCAGAAAGAU